AUGGAGGUGAACCAAAUACUUCACAUGAACAAAGGAGAUGGCGAGACUAGUUAUUCUCAAAACUCCCAAGUGCAGGGCAAAAUAUUAUCGGUUGCAAAGCCAAUCAUUCAUGAAGCCGUGCUAGAAAUAUUGAGCUCAAAUAAUAUAGAGAGCAUGGGGAUUGCCGAUUUGGGUUGCUCAUCUGGAGCCAACACCUUACUGCCCGUCUCCUACAUCAUGGAUGCCAUACAUGCGAAGCGCAGCAGCCUCGGCCUCCAGCUGUCCCCAUCAUCAACAACAGAGUUCAGAGUGUAUCUCAAUGACCUCUUCAGCAACGACUUCAACGCCAUUUUUAUGUCACUCCCUGCAUUCUACAACAACUUGAAACAAGAGAAAGGUCCUGAAUUUGGGUCGGUCUUUGUUUCUGCCGUGCCAGGUUCGUUUCACGGUAGGUUGUUUCCGGCCAAGACUUUGCAUUUUGUGCACUCUUCUUGUAGCAUCCACUGGCUCUCUCGGGUCCCCCCUGCCCUCAGCAACACCCCGGCGGAGACAGCUGGCUCGGCCUUGAACAAGGGAAAGAUCUACAUUUCUAAGACCAGCCCUCAAUGCGUUUUGGACGCAUAUUCACUUCAGUUUCACGAAGACUUUUCAUCGUUUCUUAAGUCCCGCGCUGAAGAAGUAGUUGGCGGAGGACGAAUGGUGUUGUCACUCAUUGGCAGGCCUUCCUCUGAUCCCACAACUCGAGAGAGUUGCGACCAGUGGGAGCUCUUAGCCCAUGCAUUAAUGACCCUGGUUUCUGAGGGUCUUAUUGAAGAGGGAAAGGUUGAUGCCUUCAACAUUCCCUAUUAUGCCCCAUGUGCAGAGGAAUUGAAAUUGGAGGUACAGAAAGAAGGGUCGUUCGUAAUCGACCGUGUGGAGGCGUUUGAAAUUGAUCGGGAUGCUGGUGGUGGUGAAUCUGAUGACAUGGUGGCUAGUGGGCAGCGAAUGGCCAAGAGCAUAAGAGUCGUGGCGGAGUCAAUGCUAGAAUCUCAUUUCGGAAAAGAUAUAAUGGAUCAUCUGUUUCGAAAGUACGCAGAGCUCCUGGGGGAUCACUUGUCAAAGUUUAGAACCAAGUAUACCAGUUUGGUCAUUUCAGUCAUCAGAAAGCAAUGA